CCUUAUGUUAUGGAGAAGGAAUUGGUAUUGAAAAAGAUGAAGUCAAAGCCUUUUAUUGGUGUCAAAAAGCAGCAGAAAAUGGUAAUAAAGCUGCAAUGUUUAAUUUAGCCUUAUGUUAUGAGAAAGGAAUUGGUAUUGAAAGGGAUGAAGUUAAAGCCUUUUAUUGGUAUCUAAAAGCAGCAGAAAAUGGUAAUAAAGCUGCCAUGUUUAAUUUAGCCUUAUGUUAUGAGGAAGGAAUUGGUAUUGAAAAUAAUGAAGCUAAGGCUUUCUAUUGGUAUCAAAAAGCAGCAGAAAAUGGUAAUGAAGUUGCAAUGAAUAAUUUAGCCUUAUGUUAUAAAAAAGGAGAAGGAACAAAAAAGAGUUUAGGAAAAUCCUUUUAUUGGUAUCAAAAAGCAGCAGAAAAUGGUAAUGAAGUUGCAAUGGAUAGUUUAGCCAUAUGCUAUAAAAAUGGAGAAGGAACAAAAAGGAAUUUAGAAAAAGCCUUUUAUUGGUAUCAAAAAGCAGCAGAAAAUGGUAAUAAAGUUGCAAUGAAUAGUUUAGCCAUAUGUUAUGAAAAUGGAAAAGGAACUGAAAAGAAUUUAAAAAAAGCUUUUUAUUGGUAUCAAAAAGCAGCUGAAAAUGAUAAUGAAGUUUCAAUGAAUAAUUUAGCCAUAUGUUAUAAAAAUGGAGAAGGAACAGAAAAAAAUUUAGAAAAAGCCUUUUAUUGGUAUCAAAGAGCAGCGGAAAAUGGCAAUGAAGUUGCAAUGAAUAGUUUAGCAAUAUGCUAUGAAAAUGGAGAAGGAACAGAAAAGAAUUUAGAAAAAGCCUUUUAUUGGUAUCAAAAAGCAGCGGAAAAUGGCAAUGAAGUUGCAAUGAAUAAUUUAGCAAUAUGCUAUGAAAAUGGAAAUGGAACAGAAAAGAAUUUAGAAGAAGCCUCUUACUGGUAUCAAAAAGCAGCUCAGCAAGGAAUUAGUAAUGUUCAGUAUAGACCUAGAUUUCUUUAUAGAAUUGGUAAAGUGAAAAAGGUAUUAGAAAAGCACGUUAAUUGGUCUAAAAAUGCAGAAAAAGAAUGUUUAAGUGCAAAUAAAUGGAUUGAAAAUGCUCUAAAAUAUGAAAAAGUUAAAUUUAUAUCUUAUAAAGAACUAAAAAAUACAGAACGACUUUAUGCGGGAGGAUUUGGAACAAUAUCAAAGGCAAUUUGGACUAAAACUAAUAAUUAUGUUAUUUGUAAAAAAUUAACUAAUACAACUUAUAUUAAGAAUGAUUUAUUAGAUGCAUUUAUUCAUGAACUAAAAAUGCAUAUGCACCUUAAUUAUAGUGACAGAAUUAUACGUUGUUUUGGUAUUAGUUUAGAUCCAAAAACAAAUGAAUAUCUUCUUAUUAUGCAAUAUGCCAAUGACGGAGAUCUUCAAAAUUAUCUCAAAAAUAAUUUUAAGGAUUUGACAUGGAAUGAUAAGAAAAAAUUAGCAUUUCAAAUUGCAGAUGGAUUAAAUUAUUUGCAUAAUGAAAAUAUUUUACAUAGAGAUCUUCAUUCUAAGAAUAUAGCUAUUCAUGAAAAUAAUGCUAAAAUUAUGGACUUCGGUAUUUCAAAAAAUCAAAAUAAUCAAACUUCAACAGCAUAUGUUGGUAAUUUUGGUGUUGUUGCUUAUAUGGAACCAAGACGUUUUGUAGAUCCAAAUUUUCCAUAUACUAAAUCUUCAGACGUCUAUAGUUUUGGUGUAUUGAUGUGGGAAAUUUCUAGUGGAUAUCCUCCAUUUAAAGAUAAUGAUAAUAAAGUUGCACUUGCUGUUUCUAUUAGUAAUGGUGCUCGUGAGGUUACAAUUCUAGGUACCCCUAAAGAAUAUGAAAAACUCUAUAAAAAUUGUUGGAACCAAGAACCUGAACAAAGACCAACUAUUAAUGAAAUAUUGGAUGAAUUUGAAAGAAUGGGUUUUGUAAAUAUUGUUACUAACAAGUUAGUCAAAGGUAGUGACAAUUUAACUUCAGAAUUGCAAGCUAGUGCCGAGUCUAUUCAAAUUGAGUCUACUCAAAUCUCUUUAAAUUUACAGAUUUGACCUGAACAAUAUAUAAUUUUUGUCAUAACAACGUUCAAGCAAUUAGAUUUUCGAAGUUACAAAAAUGCAAAAAUAGACGUGUUUUUUCCAUUUUUAAAGGCUUGAUAAAUAAAUAAAAUUAAAACUGAACAUGCAUUUAAUUUAAGAUACUAACCAAAUCGCCAAAUAUUCAUGCAAUAUUUUUUAAAUAAUAGAAUAAUCUUAGAUUAAUUAAAAUUUAUU